AUGAUUAACCAAACCAUUCUCGACAACAUUUCCAAAAAAUUAGAACUCCGUCAACCAAAUAAGGAAGCAGUUCAAACAUUUUUAGAACAUUAUUAUAAUUCUGAAAAAUUAUCUGACCGAAGGCUUGACAAUUUUAAUAAACUGUCUGAAUAUAUUCUUUCCGUUGCCACCGGAGUAGGAAAAACUUAUAUAAUUGCGGCUAUUUUAAACUAUUUAGCCGAAGCAGAAAAGAUAACUAAUUUUCUCAUCGUUGCUCCGGGCAAAAUCAUUCGGGAAAAGACCAUUAACAAUUUUUCGCUCAACAAACCUAAUUCUUUGGCGGAUAAAUUAACUAUUAAACCACCUCAUAUUAUUGAUAUCAAAAAUUUUCAUACGGUCAAAACUACUGACAAAAAUUCGGUUAAAUUAUUCAUUUUCACUGUUCAAUCUUUAACCCAAGCCAAAGGCAAAACGGCUCGCAAAACUAGUAAUUAUGAUGAAGUAUUAGGAAAAUCUUUACGGGAACAUUUAAGUAAAUUGGAUGAUUUGGUUAUUUUUGCGGACGAACACCAUUUAUACUAUGGAGAAAGGUUUUCCGAAGCCAUUCGAGAACUAAAACCAAAAAUUUUAAUUGGACUAACUGGCACGCCACACGAAAAAACACCCACCAAGGAAAUUAUUUUUGAGUAUCCUUUAUGA